AUGAUUUUCUUUCUAAUCUUGUGCACUAGCUAUUUUUUCUCUCUUGGUAGAGCUGCAGAUUGUGGUGGGAAGAUAAUUGUAUAUAACAUCACUGUUGCUCAACAUGGCAAAGGAGAUUUCAAAACUGUUCAAGCUGCCAUUGAUUCUAUAAGGAGUAACAAUAAUCAAUGGGUUAAGAUUCACAUAAAACCUGGCUUGUAUAUAGAAAAGGUUCAUAUUCCCAGAGAAAAGCCAUGCAUCAUUUUAGAAGGAGCAGGUAGCCCAACCACAUUAAUCUCUUAUGGUGACUUCCAAAAAACAGGUUUGAGUGCUACAUUUACAUCAUCUCCACCCAAUGUGAUUGUGAGUGGCAUCACCUUCAAGAAUUCACAUAAUUUGGGGCAUGAAUGGACCAAAAGAAAAGUCUUACCCGCAGUGGCAGCGAGAGUAUAUGGAGAGAAAUCUUUCUUCUUUAAAUGCAGUUUCUUAGGUGUUCAAGACACCUUGUUUGAUGUAAUGGGACGCCAUUACUUUAAAGAUUGCUAUAUUCAGGGUGCAAUCGACUUCAUUUUUGGUGCAGGCCAAUCUUUUUAUGAGAGUUGUGUGAUCAACGCCACAGGGAGGGGUACCCUUACAGGUUUUGUCACAGCCCAAAGCAGGAAUUCAGCAAGUGACACAGGUGGUUUUAUAUUUAAGGGGGGUUCCCUUAUUGGGACUGGUAAAGUGAAUUUAGGAAGGCCAUGGGGCCCUUACUCCAGAGUUAUUUUUUAUGGAACAUACUUUUCUUCCAUAAUAACUCCCAAUGGAUGGAAUGCUUGGAACGUCGUGGGCCAAGAGAAUAAGUUAACGUAUGGUGAAGUUGGAUGUACAGGACCUGGGGCUGAUACUUCUAAGCGUGUCCCGUGGGAGAAGAAGCUAAAUCCUUUACAGAUGGAAGGAGAAUUUUCUUUAGCUUCUUUUAUCAAUAAAGAUGGAUGGCUUGAGAACUUACCAACUAUCUCCUAA